GAAAUAGUCUAUUGGAUAUGUGAUCGAAAAGGACUUUGAAGAAAACAACUUUGUAAAAUGUUUAAAAAGUAUAUUUAAUGUUAUUUGUGUAUAUGUGUAAUUCACAUGGAUUGAAGUAAAUAUAAUUAAUUUCUAAACAGUAAAACAAUGGAUUUACCCAUGUAGUGAGCGUAACAAUGUCUAUAUUAUGAUACGUGUAUAAAUAUAAAUCCAGCAUAAUGAUUUUAUCUAAAAAUUGGUCCUCAAUUACUUCGAAAAUUAUUUAUAUGAAACCAGGUUUUUGCAGUUUUCAGGGUCAUUACGUAAAUAUAAAUGGAGAUGUUAUUUAUAACCAAUGUCAAGUGCAUAGUCCUCAACGAAGAACAUUCAUUAACUUCCCAAAACCUAUCCGCACAAGAGAAUAUUGUGGUAGGCAAUUGGUUGGAUAUACAAUGGAACAAAUGUUUGAAGUGGUGUCUGAUGUAGAAAACUAUUACAAAUUUGUUCCAUGGUGUAAAAAGUCGGUAGUAUUUAAAAAAACACCAGAAUUUCUGAAAGCUGACCUUAUUGUUGGAUUCCCUCCAAUAAAUGAGAGCUAUACUUCAAAAGUAACACUCAUUAAGCCACAUGUUGUCAAAGCAGAGUGUUUGGAUGGUAAACUGUUUCAUCACAUGCUGACUCUCUGGAGAUUUAGUCCAGGUUUAAAGAGAGAGCAACAGUCAUGUGUAGUUGAUUUCCAAAUAACUUUUGAAUUUAGAUCAGCUUUUCACUCUCAGUUAUCAAAUUUAUUCUUUGAUCAAGUUGCACGCCAGAUGGAAGGGGCCUUCAUAAAGGAAGCCGCCAGACGGAAUGGACCAGCCACCAUGGCACCUAGAAAUAUGCUCCUAAAUAAUAAUAAUCAUGCCAUUAAAAGUUGA